UUGGAUACAGUAGAUUACACAGAGCAGACAGAGCAUUGUUCCACACAUACCGAUAAUGGUGUUGUUUUACUUUACCACUGUUGGUGGUGCUGUUGCCUAAGCAGACUGUUUGUCCAACACCAGCUUUACCACAAGUCACCGCCCGUCUGUGAGGAAAAUAGGCGAUUGUUUUGUACUCGCUAAGACUCUAUGGAUGGUGGCAUUGUAUGGAUUUGACUUAAGACUACAAAACAUACGGUCUAUGCUGUGAGCGAAAUAGGACGCCUCGGAUAACUGUAAUUUUGGAUCUGACAUUCUUUAGUGAAAAUGGAUUUUCUGAAGAGCAAAGGCACCUCACUGGAUUGGAGAGCCUCCAUUUUGCUAUUCUGCGCUGUUGCUGCUGUUAGCGGACAAAUUCGUUAUUCUAUACCAGAGGAGAUGAGAAAAGGGCUGUUUGUCGGAGACGUUGCUAAAGACCUGGGCUUGGAUGUUAAAAGGUUGGUUUCUGGUCGGGCUCGACUUGCAAUAGAUGGCGAUCACCAAUAUGUCGCACUGAACCAGAACAAAGGGCAUAUCGUUGUCAAUGAAAGAAUUGACAGAGAAAAAUUAUGCGCCAAGAAAUCCCCCUGUAGCUUUAGUCUAGAAAUUGUCCUCGAAGAUCCACUUGAAUUGUUUUCCAUUACCAUCGAAAUACAAGAUGUAAACGAUCAUGCCCCUGCUUUUCCCAAAAAGGAAAUUAAUUUGGAAAUAAGCGAAUCGACGCCCACUGGGACUGUAUUCCUUCUUGAUAGCGCAGCUGAUCCAGACGUAGGAAUAAACUCGCUGCAAAGUUACUCUUUAAAAGCAAACGAUCAUUUUGUUCUCAAACAACACACGCGAACGGAUGGUAGUAAGUAUGCCGAAAUGAUGAUUCACAGUGGUUUGGACCGCGAGAGACAAAGCGAGCAUACGCUCAUAUUAACGGCUGCAGAUGGUGGAGAACCGCAGAGGUCUGGAACAGUAAAGAUACAUGUAACUGUUCUGGACGCAAACGACAACGCACCCGUUUUCACACAGUCUGUAUUCAAAGCAUCUGUCUUGGAAAAUGCUUUGCCAGGCGCAGUUAUUGCCAAAGUCAGUGCCGUAGAUGCGGACCAGGGUUACAAUGGUAACAUCACCUAUUCUUUCACCCACCUAGAGGAGGAUUCCUCCUGUCCUUUCGAAAUAAAUUCUUACACCGGAGAGGUUAAACUCACCGGUGACAUUGAUUACGAGGUUUCUCCAAAUUACGAAAUCAAUCUUCAAGCAAAAGAUCCAUGGGGUGUAGUGGGCGCCAGCAAAUUGAUUAUUGAGAUUGGAGAUGUGAAUGAUAACCGUCCAGUUAUCACAAUGGCUUCAUAUUCGGGUAAGAUUUCAGAGGAUUCUACUCCGGGCACAGUUGUGGCUUUGAUUAGUGUCCAAGAUAAAGAUUCCGGUAAAAAUGGACAGGUGCAUUUAAAUAUAGAUGAACAUUUUCCGUUCAAAAUUAAAUCGUCUCUAAGAAACUAUUACACAUUGGUCACGGAGCAAGUUCUCGACCGAGAAAAGCUUUCUAAGUAUAACAUCACUCUCACUGCCACAGAUGAGGGCUUGCCCGCCUUAUCAAGCAGCAAAACCGUCGUUUUAGACGUUACUGAUAUUAAUGACAACGCACCGGCUUUCACCCAAAGUGUUUAUAGCACUCAGGUAAUGGAGAACAAUUCUCCUGGUGUCACUCUGUUGCAGAUCCAUGCCACUGAUCCAGAUCAUGGUCAGAAUGCGCGCAUAUCGUAUCUUCUUAUUGACGGUGAUGUUAGUGGAAAUCCGGUCUCCGCAUAUUUCUCCAUUAAUACAGAGAGUGGAGUCAUUCAGUCUUUGCGUUCACUUGACUAUGAACAAGUCAAAGAGUAUAAAAUACGAGUUAAAGCACAAGAUGGAGGCUCGCCACCACUAAGUAGUAACACAACAGUUAUUGUGCGUGUCCAGGACCAGAACGACAAC